CUUCUGCUCUUUCAAUUGCUUCGGGGACUGGCCUAUUGCCAUGAUCGACAUGUUCUGCAUCGAGAUCUAAAGCCACAGAAUUUGCUGAUCUCUGAAACGGGUGAUUUGAAACUUGCCGACUUCGGGCUUGCACGCGCUAAAUCUGUACCUAGUCGAACCUAUAGCCAUGAGGUAGUGACGCUUUGGUAUCGACCACCUGACGUUCUGCUUGGCUCUACUACGUACACGGCCUCCUUGGACAUGUGGUAA